AUGAUGUCAAGCAAGCUUCUACUGACUGUGUUGUUCGUGCUUGCUCUCGCCUAUACAGCAACAGCCCAGUGGGGUUGGGGCGGUUAUGGAGGCUAUGGUAUGUACAGACCAUAUGGCAUGGGAUACGGCAUGGGAAUGUACCCCGGUAUGGGUAUGUACGGCAUGGGAAUGAGACCGUGGGGAAUGGGAAUGUGGGGCAAGAAGUAA